CAGAAUGGCAGCGUACGCAGCGGCAAAAAUACUCUACCUUUCAGUCGGGUUUUGGCUCAUUUUGGGUGCUGAAAGCUACGAUGCAUUUUCAAGUAAUAGAUUAACUGUUAAGCCUGGAGGAUCUGUCACCAUCCCAUGUUAUUAUGAUGAGAAAAACACACAGCUGAAAUACUGGUUCUCAGUAAAUGAUGAAUGUAAUACAUACACAAACACAACAGAGGAGAAUCUGUCAGUGAUUGAUCAUCCUGAUCAGAGUCUCGUCACUGUGACUAUGAGGAACCUGCAGGAGAAACACACUGGAGAGUAUCAUUGUGGUGUGGUGCCUGGAGGUGUUAUAUAUAAAAUUUAUCUGCAGGUUCAAGAUGUUCCUGAUGUGUCUGUGAAGAGCAGCAGUGUAUCUGGACAUGAAGGUGGUAAUGUCAGUGUUCAGUGUUUCUACAGUUCUGGAUACAGGGAUAAACAGAAACGCUGGUGCAGAUUUAAAGAUGAGAAGUGUUUCAGAGAGAAGAAGACGAACACAUCCAAGAAUUCAUCAGUGCAGAUCAGUGAUGAUGGUGAAAGCUCCUUCACUGUGCUGAUGACUGGACUGACACUCUCUGAUUCUGGAUGGUAUUACUGCUCUGCUGGAGAACAAAUCCUUCCUCUUCAACUCACUGUAACCACAUCAGAAUCAGUGAGUGUGAACACAGACACCGGCACUCACCCGGACAGAUGGCGUUUCUGCCUUUCACACAGCUAGAGUUUCUGAACAUCGACCAGAACCAUCUGAUGAUUAAAAACUCAUAAUAAAUAUUUAUAUUCUGGUUUACAGUCAGUUGAACAAACUAGAGUACAAUAAUCAUUGUUUAAAGUUUAUUUGACCUCUAUAUUGGCUAAAUGCGAAUCUUUAAAAAAAAAAAAAAAA